AUGGCGACGAACUUCACGGACGAUAUUGGCCCCAUGGCUUAUCCUCUAAAAAUGGUCUCCAAGGAGGUGGUCGAGCAUAUGCUUGGCUGGAACAUCCCCGAAGAGCACCAGGACCUGGUCCACGACCAUUGGAGGAACUUUCCAGCAGUCAGCAAGUACUGGCAUUAUGUCCUCGCACUUAUUUACACGAUGCUGAUGGUCACCUCAUUACUUGGGAACGGCAUUGUCAUCUGGAUAUUUGGAACGUCAAAAUCCCUACGAAGCCCAAGCAACAUGUUCGUCAUCAACUUGGCAGUGUUUGACUUGAUGAUGAUGCUGGAGAUGCCGUUACUCAUCAUGAACUCAUUCUACCAGCGACUGGUCGGCUACCAGCUCGGGUGUGACAUUUACGCCGUCCUCGGUUCCUUGUCGGGUAUCGGAGGAGCCAUCACCAAUGCUGUUAUAGCUUUUGAUAGAUACAAGACUAUCUCCUGCCCCCUUGAUGGACGGAUAAACAAAGUGCAGGCGGCAAUAUUGAUUGCCUUCACUUGGUUCUGGGCGAUGCCCUUUACCGUCCUGCCAGCUCUCAAGAUCUGGGGACGAUUUGUACCUGAGGGCUUCCUCACCACGUGUUCAUUCGACUACUUCACCGAUGACCAGGAUACGAAGGUGUUCGUCGGCUGCAUCUUCGUGUGGAGCUACGCGAUACCAAUGGCGCUCAUCUGCUACUUCUACUCACAGCUGUUUGGUGCUGUCCGUCUUCACGAGCGCAUGUUAUCAGAGCAAGCCAAGAAGAUGAACGUCAAGUCUUUAGCCGCGAACAAGGAAGACGCGAGCCGGAGCGUUGAGAUCAGGAUCGCUAAAGUAGCCUUCACUAUAUUCUUCCUGUUCGUCUGUGCGUGGACUCCUUAUGCCUUCGUCACUAUGACUGGUGCUUUUGGUGAUAGGAGCCUCUUGACUCCCAUAGCGACGAUGGUGCCAGCUGUCUGCUGCAAGGUGGUGUCCUGCAUAGACCCAUGGGUGUAUGCGAUUAAUCAUCCCAGAUACAGGGCGGAGCUCCAGAAGCGUCUCCCCUGGAUGGGAGUCCGUGAACAGGACCCUGACAGUGUCUCCACCACGACCAGCGUCGCCACUGCGCAGUCCACCGCCCAACCUACUGCUGAAGCUUAG